UUUGCUUUGCUUUGCUGGGGAAAGAGGUCAGGUAGUGGCAAUGUGGUGAAUGGAGAGGAAAGACGAGAGGAAGUCGCAGCAGGAAGCGCGAGGGUCUCCACGUUGUGCGGAUCGGUGGGGACUUACGACGACGGUGGCCUCCAGAAUCGCGCCGUCCGAACAAAGGAUCCGGGAUGGAGUCCGCGACGCGUGUCGAUUAAAAGCCUUCCUAUUGUAAGGUGUGGCGUCGAAUGGCACAAACACCAGAUCUCCUCCUCUUCGUCCCGUGCUCCCACUUCCACUGCUACAGCAUCGCAGGGACACCACAUGAAUCGAAAUCUCACAAGAAAAGAAUAGGAGACGCCAAUUUGAUUUGAUUUCUUAGUGCAAUGUUUUAGAUUCUUUUCUAUCUCUCUCCCCUUUCUUUUCCCCUCGUUGCCUUUUCAUCGCGUCUGUGUGUGUGUGUGUGCGUGUGAGAGAGAGAGAGAGAGAGAGAGAGAGAGAGCUGCGUGAUUCUUGCUAUGAUGGGGAGAGUUUCACUGUGAUCGGGGGAUAAUUGGCGGCAAGAUUGCAUCUUGGGUUGUGUUCUUUGGCGAAUAGGUUCUUUAUUCUUUGUUGAUUUGGUAUUUGGCGUGAUAUUUGUUCGAUUUGUUGAGAUGAGGGGUGUGGGGAAGGAAAGCGUAAGGAUUGAGAUUUUUUUGCUGCAAAAUGGAUUUUUGGAUUUUGUAGGGUUUCGAAGCAGCAGGGUUUGAGUCGAGGUGGUGAAUUGAGCUCGGUGGUGGAGUUUAUACACACGUGUCUGGUUGGAUUUUCUUAGAGACUUUGAUCGAGUAGAGAUAGACAGGGUUCUUGGUGUUUUGUUGCCGCUCUUGAUCGACUUCGAGAGGAGAUUUUUGGCAGAAGAAAAAAGGAAUUUCUCUGGUUCUCCAUUCUGCGCCGGAAAUUUCUCCUUUGUCCAGUCGCGUCCUGAGCAAGGAAUCCCAAUGAUAGAAGGAAUCUUGUGUUGUGGAGGAGAUGAAGACUUGGCUUGCUUGAUAGCAUUCUCCCAAGACUAGUUAGAGUUGUUGUUUCCCACGCUUGCUUUCGGUGAAUCCAUCGAUGAAGGACCACGAUCGAUGCCUGGACUCCCAGCUCUGGCAUGCUUGCGCCGGCGGGAUGGUUCAGAUGCCGGCCGUGAAUUCAAGGGUCUACUACUUCCCCCAGGGUCAUGCUGAGCACGCCCAAGGGGUUGUGGACUUUGGGACCUCUCGGCAGAUACCGCCUCUCAUCCUCUGCAGGGUGACUGCAGUCAAGUUCACGGCUGAUAAGGAGACGGAUGAGGUCUUUGCCAAGAUCCAGAUGGUCCCCAUCAGCAACAGCGAGCUGGACUGUGGCGAAGACGGCUGCUUGGAUCUUGGUAUGAACGGAAUUGAUUCGCAAGAAAAGCCUACAUCUUUUGCCAAGACACUGACGCAAUCGGAUGCCAACAAUGGUGGUGGAUUCUCAGUCCCUCGCUAUUGUGCUGAGACCAUCUUCCCCAGGUUGGACUACUCAGCGGAACCCCCUGUGCAGACUGUGAUUGUGAAGGAUGUACAGGGCGAGGUCUGGAAAUUUAGGCAUAUUUACAGGGGGACACCACGCCGGCACCUGCUCACCACUGGAUGGAGUACCUUUGUAAACCAGAAGAAGCUGGUGGCCGGGGAUUCGAUUGUGUUCCUCAGAGCAGAGAACGGAGAUCUACGCAUUGGGAUCCGGCGUGCCAAAAGAGGUGGGGUUGGUGAUGGCCCUGAGACACCUUCUGGGUGGAAUCCUCCGGGUGGAAGUGGUGUCUCUGGCUAUGGUGGAUUCUCUGUCUUCCAAAGGGAGGAAGAGAGCAAUUUGAUGAGAGGUACUGGUGGUAAUUUUACCUCGAGCAGGGGUAUGAGAGGAAGGUGCCGAGUGACGGCAGUUUCUGUGGUUGAAGCAGCAACCUUUGCGACUAGAGGGCAUCCCUUUGAGGUUGUAUACUACCCAAGAGCCAAUACGCCUGAGUUCUGUGUGAAGGCUGCGGCAGUGACAGCAGCGAUCAGGACCCGGUGGUCACCAGGGAUGAGAUUUAAGAUGGCUUUUGAAACCGAGGAUUCAUCAAGGAUUAGUUGGUUCAUGGGGACUAUAUCUUCAGUUGAGGUUGCAGAUCCUGUAAGAUGGCCUAAUUCACCAUGGAGACUUCUUCAGGUGACUUGGGAUGAACCAGACCUGUUACAGAAUGUGAAACAUGUGAGCCCAUGGCUAGUUGAGCUGGUCUCACACAUGCCAGCCUUAAAUCUUGCACAUUUCUCCCCACCCAGCAAAAGACCGCGGAUACCCCAACACCCUGAUUUCCCCUUUGAAAGUCACUUUCCAACUCCAAUGGUCCCUGGAACCCCCCUUGGGCCUAGCGACAGCAUCUUUUGUUGUAUUUCUGACAGCGCUCCUGCAGGCAUACAGGGAGCCAGGCAUGCAAAUUUUGGUUUAUCUUUAUCAGAUCUCCACCUUAACAAACUGCAGACGGGCCUGUUCCAUGCUGGGUUUCACCGGCUUGAUCAUGCUACCCCACCCUCAAGGAUAUCAACGGGUGUUAUUGUCAGCAAUUCCACCUUUCAUGAUAACAAUGUAUCUUGCUUGCUAACAAUUGGUCAUCCUUCUCAGAGCCUGAAGAAAUCAUGUAACAGAAAGCCACCACAAUUAGUGCUCUUUGGGCAGCCAAUACUCACCGAACAACAGGUAUCUUUGAGCAAACCUGAGAACAUAAUCUCCAUUGGUGCUGCUGGAAAGAAUUCACCAGACGGGAAUCUUGAGAAUAUGAAUGUGUCUGAUGGCUCUGGAUAUGCAAUAGGUCAAAAGGGGCCAUGUUACAGGAAUUGUCGAAAUUCAGAUCUCAGUCUUGAGACUGGGCAUUGCAAGGUUUUUAUGCAAUCAGAAGAUGUCGGUCGCACCCUUGACCUCUCUGUCUUUGGUUCAUAUGAGGAAUUAUAUGGGACGCUUGCUGACAUGUUUGGAAUUGAGAAGUCAGAGAUAAUGAGCCAUGUGCUUUACAAGGAUGCAGCUGGUGCAAUUAAACACACCGGAGAUGAACCAUUCUGUGACUUCAUCAAAACAGCCAGGAGGUUGACAAUAUUGACUGACUAAUGAAGCUGACGACGAAGCAAGUUUGUGGAAUCUCUUGCCAACUGUACAGUUGAAUGAGCAAGUCUCGGAGUGCCAACAUCAUGCGCGCUUCAUUCUUCGAUGCUGAUUUUUAUGUAACCAUAGCCGCUUCUCUGUUAUACAUCAUCGAUCUGCAGUAUCAAAUUUGCAACUAAGCAAUAGUCGUUAUCAUUUUUAUUUACCAGAAGGGAUGGUUCAUAUGUUCUAUUCUUGCUCGAUAUUACUGCCUCAGUAACUGUUGCAGCAAAAGCACAAAAUUUCAUUUUUAAUCAAGAUGAUCUGUUCUUAUGAUUUAAA